UUUUUUUUUUUUCUUUUAAAAAAAUGAGUUCUUUGAAAGAAAAUCCGGCAAUAAAAUCAGAUUAUUCUCAUAUUGAUGAUACUAAUGAUGAGGAUACAUAUGAAUUCGUAGAUGGUUGCGAUGAAAAUGGCGAAGAAAUUGUUCCUCAGAAAAGGGCAAAACAUGAUACUUCUAAAAACAGUAAUAAUGAGCAACCUAAUGAAUCCCUUUCUGUACUUAAAGAUUAUAUAGAAAUUACACCAGAAGAAUUGGAUAAAAAAUUUAGUGAUAUGAAAAGACUUGAAGCUGAAAACUCUUCUCUCUCUGAAAAUUUGAAACAAAAAUCAACAGAUUUAGAUUCUAUGGUUGAAAAAUUUAAUAAGAUAAGUGAUCUAAACAAAGAACUACAAAAUGAAAAUAAGAAAUUGAAAGAAGAUAACGAUAAUUUAUUAAGAGAAAAACAAAUCGUAGAACAAGACUUCGCAAAAGUUAAAGAUUCAUAUGAAACAAAAAUAAAGGACUUGGAAUUGAAAUUACAGGCUCAGAAAACACAUGAUCAAGCAGAAGAAAUUAUUACAUCUUUACAAAGUCAAUUAAGUGAUCUUAAGCAAAGAAAUACAAAGCUCAAAGAUGAAGCAUCAAGGUAUCAAUCAGAACUUGGUGACGCAAUAAGUGUACGUUUGGAUAACAAUGAUCAAAAUAAUCCCGUUCAUUUGAAACAAGAUAUUUUGAGCUUACAACGUACAUUGGAAAAUUAUGUCACAAAUUUGAAAGUUAACAUAGAUAUUAAUGUUAAAGAAGUAAAUGUUCUUAUAAGACAAUAUGGUUGUCAGAGAGAAAUGAAACCGGGAAAGUUGGAUAAACCUUUCAUUAAAGCGGUUUUACAACGCAAAGUAUUACAACAAAUUUUCGAUUUUUCAAAAAAUUAUAGGAAAUAUAGGAAUAAUGGUUAUUCUCUAGAAUCAGAAAUUGAUAUAAAAACGAAUGAAUUGUCAAAUAUGAUAAAGAAAUUCUCAGAAACUCGUGUUGGAAAUGAUGAAGUGUCUAAAGUUACUGCAAUUAAAAUUCGUCAACAAGUUUACCAACUUCUCGGUAAUCGUGGUUUCUCAGAUAUUAUUUCUUCUCAAGGUACUCACAUUCAUACUUUUAUUUUUCAUUAUAGCAAGAAUUUGAAUGAAAUUAUGAAUCAAUAUCGUCAAAUCAAUGAUGUUGAUAGAAGGAAUGAAGUGGAAAAGUUGGCACAAACACUUAUUAGAGAUGUAUUAAGAAUAUUUUGGUUUCGUUUAAUGAUUCAAGAACCAAUACCUGAAAUUAAAUUUUUUGAAAGUAAUGAUAAAAUAAAUCCAGAUUUAAUGAUUGGUAGAUGGGAGGAUUAUAAUUUUGAUGAAAUAUGUGUGGAUCUUUGUUAUUUUCCUCUGGUAGGAAGGGAUUUAGACUCAGAUUAUAAAGUAAUCACACCUUCUAAGAUUAUAUCGCGUCCAAUUAAAAAUCAACUUGAUUCAAAUGGAGAAGAGAAUGUGCAGAACAAAAACGAUGGGAGCAUUGGUUAUAAUCUAACAAGGUUUUUAAAUUUUAAACUUCUGUAAUAUAAAUUAAUUUAUAUUUAAGAUAUAUGUAUAAAUAUAAUCUCUUCCACAUAAUCUCGCCAUAUCUUAUAAAUGUUAUAUAAAUGUUAUAUUAAUAAACAUCGUUAU